AUGACAGAGAGAAUUGCAAACACAGCUCCUCGACGCAAAUUGCGCGCAAAGACUGGAUGCUUUACAUGUAGACAACGACGUAAGAAAUGCGACGAAAAAUCCCCAAUCUGCGACCUAUGCAGCUUAUCUGGGCGAGAAUGUAUAUGGCCAUCAGCAGAUGAUUUGCUCGACCGUCGAAACGCUCAUCACUGCGAUUCAAGACACCAAAUUCGACGUGCGAAAGACAAACCGCAACAACUCGAAUAUGAUACCAAUGAUUGUCCGAUUUUAGCCCUUAACAACAUCCCUGUUCAACGCGCAGUUCCAUCAGAUCUCCUCUCUACCUCGUCAAUCGAUUCUAUUUGUCCAAUGGAUCUCUCAUUGCAAGCAGGUUUAGUUCACGGUAUUUCAACAAACCACUUGGAGCUCCGCAUCUCACAACAUUUCUCUGGGAACUUUUUCCCUCUUUUGCUAUUGCCAGAUUGUUACCGUGGAUUCUACGAUGGCUGGCUUACUGAAAUUCAGCAACUUAUGCUGACACACAAAAGUCUCUACUACUCAGUUCUGGCUUGUGCUGCAUCUCACAUCUUUCUAGGUGACUCAGUCUUGGAAAUGCAUCAUAUUGCUCUCUCGUAUUACUCUCAGGGAGUAAGGGAGCUUUCUGCAUUGCUUAAGAACGUUUCGGAGUAUGAACACCACGACGCAUUACUGAUGUCCGUAAUACUACUUUAUCUCUAUGGGUAUUUGGAAUUGGAUACACAAAGUGACGUUGUAAAACAUGUCAACGCCGCCACCCGUAUUAUUGUCCUUCGUUUGUUCAAUCGGCCUACUGGAAUUCAACGACUCUUUGACAAAGUAGCCCUCGAGAGUGUCAUCUAUCAGCAAUUCUUACUCACAACAGGCCUAUGGUCUGAAACAACUCCAUACAGACACAGAUUCGACCCUGAGUUUUGGAACAGUGUGGAGGAGCUUGUCGACAGAUCGACACUAUUACCAGGCGCAUCUCGCAAUCUUGAAAGCCCUAUUUUGGGCGUACCUUUGUCGCUGUUCCGGAUUAUAGUCAUCCUGCGGGAAUGUUACAGACCAGGGAUUAACAUCAAUCCUGAAAUUCUCAAAAAGACCCAGCGAGAUGUGCGGAUGUGGGAAAAUCAGCUCCGUGACCAGGACGUCGAGUCUGUCCACAAUGCCCCUGAGAUAUCCAUGUUAAGGGGCAGUACAACCAGGGAUGAAACUGUUUUAUAUGCCUUGGCAGCGUCAUUAUUACUCGAACAACUCAAGACUGCGCAGAGAGGGAAGAAAAUACCUACUUCUGUUUCCAGAGAUAAGUGGCAGAUUGGAAUGUUCCUUGGAAUUCUAAAGAGACAGGCAAACAACACCAAGUGGGCGAAAUCAUACACAGGAACUUGGCCAGUAUAUACAUUCGGCUUAUUUCUUGCAGAAGGAGAGGAUCGUCAGAUUGUGGUGGAAGACUUGGAGCGGUCAUGGGAGGUCACGAAAAUAACUCCGGCCUUGCGAUAUUAUCAUGAUUUAGAGAGUAUUUGGGGUAGUAGGAUGUAA